AUGCCUGCUGUUCAUGAGGAUCUGGCUUCCGCGGUAAUCCCAACAGAUACGGAGCUGUCGCCGGAGAUCUAUCCUCGGCAGGUCACGCUCAGGGACCGUGUCACCGUUGCCACCCUAGUGCCCUUCUCGUCCGCCGACGAUGUACCCCGGUCCCUGCUGGCGUAUCUGUCGGACCAAUUAAACAAGGAGAUCGAGAAGGGCGACACGUAUGCGAUGAUUGAUCUGAUCCCGCUCGACAACUUUGGGCCGUAUUGGUUCUCCAAUUUCGGCGCCAUCAUGCUCCUCGGGGACAUCAAGAGCGUCCAGGAGAUGCAGGCCAUGGACAGGGCGGGAGUCAACUGGCCCAAGAUCUGCCUGGGCAGUUUCAACGUUAGACCCAAUUAUCCGGGCCGUAGUAGUCAUGUCUGCAACGGCAUGUUCCUGGUCACCGAUGCAGCUCGAAAUCGGGGUGUGGGUCGCUUGAUGGGAGAGAUGUACUUGGAGUGGGCGCCGCGACUGGGAUAUACCUAUGCUGUCUUCAACCUCGUCUAUGAGAGCAACGUCGCUUCCUGCCGAAUUUGGGAUGCUCUGGGCUUCAAAAGGAUUGGCAAGGUCCCCGGAGGCGGUAGACUUUUAUCUAAUCCGGGGCAAUAUGUCGAUGCGAUUAUAUACGGUCGGGACCUGGGUCCGGAGGGCGGGGAUUCGUUGACGCAGGAUCGUUUCGACAAGAUUAGAUAUUAUCUCAAGCAUUCAAAAUACCCCAGGGGGGCCGACCGGGCUGAGAAGAGCCGGCUCCGUAGUGCAGCCACCCAUUACAAGCUAGUUGGGGGAACUGACGGGGACGCGGAGAAAUUGAUGCUGAAAGACAAGGAGGUGGUGUCAGACCCUCAGCAACAGUACGAAAUAGCGCGGGAUAUGCAUGUUCAGCAGCAUGCAGGAAUUAACAAAACUACCGCUGCUAUUGCGGUUAAGUACCAUUGGGUGAGGAUCAAGGAGACCGUGAGUCGAGUCAUCCGCGAUUGUCCCCAGUGCAAGGAAACCCUCAAGUUGCCAAUGGUCAAUGGUCUUUUCCAAGCUGAAGAUCAGCCUGAUAAUGAUGACCAGCCCUCUGCUGGUGAGAGCGAUGUAAAGCAGGAAAGACAAAUGAACCACGAGAACCAUGUCAACCAUGAUAAUGGGAUGAAGCACCCGAGUGACAUGAACCACGACUCCGGCAUGAACCUGCCAUCCAGUGCGGCCAUGGGCACGAAUCCACUUUUGGACCACACCUCGCUCGAUGCCCACCAGAGCCAUAAUCCGUUCGUGACUGCACAUCCAUCAAUUGUGCAAGGGCCUGUAGAUCCCAUUGGCGACUACACUGCCAUGCCUCUCGAUCCGCAGAUCAUUGAUAUUCAUCACCAACUUCCUCGAUUCCAAACCCAUGAUGCCAUGACUGAUCCCUAUGCCCAUGAUCCUCAUGCUUUAGCGAGUAGCCAUUUCGAUGACGAUGUACGACACCAUGCAGCACAUGAUUACCACAUGAUGGUCGAUGAUCCUGGCGAUGCGGGUGCCGCACUGCAUCAAGAAGCGCUGGGACUUGUCCAUUCGCAGGCCACCGAUGUACAUCAUGAACAGAUCUUAGCCAAAUAUCAAUAUGUCGGACCGACGGAUGAUGAUUUGGACUUUACAUAA